AUGGCCGCACCACCGAAAGCCGCCCAACCACAUUCCCCACCGGCAAAAGCUGCGCCCAAGUGCCCACCACGCGCGAAGGCCAAAGGGAAAGCGCUUGCCAAGGGGCCAAAGGGGCCUGGUCCUCCGCCCAAAAAGGCCGCACCUGCAAAGGCUGCUGCGAAGGCUGAGAGUACGCCAGUGAACCCCUUUGGCGCGCGCCGCGUGCGCUGGCGCACCUUGAACUCGGCGGAGGGCACCGUCUUCCACGGCCUGGGCGCAGGGCAUCUCCGGAGCGACACCGCGAAGAUGCUGAACGAGGUCUUCACCGUGGUGCAUGGAUCGAGCGGACGCUCGUCCUUCGUGCCGAAGAGUGCCGGUGUUUGCCUAUUGGAUCGGAACCGUGCGCAACAAUUGGCCAUUGUCUUCCGCCGCUCACCGGUGCCCUUGCAGAAGCUGUGCUCCGCACUGCUCACCUUGGAUUUCUCGCUGCCACUGGGCGACGAGGAGUUGGAAGGACUCAUCCAGGCUUGGCCUACAAAGGCAGACUUCGAAGAGGUGGCAAAGUAUACCGGGCCCACGGAGCAUCUGCGGGAUGUGGAACAGUGCAUUAAGCAGAUGGCACAGGUGCCCCGCAGUGAGGCGCGCUUGCGCUUGCUGCGGCUCUCCCGCUCCUUAGAUGGCCUGGACCGCCUACUUGAGCAGUUCGUGCUUUUGCGCUCUGCCUGUGAGGAACUCCUGAACUCUGAGACCUUGAAGCGGCUUUUGGAUGAGGCACUCAUCAUGGGCAACUACAUCAAUGGUGAUGCAGGUUGCGGAUUCUCGCUGGAUGCUUUCAGUCAGCUGAAGAGCUUGAAAGGUGCAGCGAACACCACAGCCUUGCAUUGCCUUUGUGCAAGCUGUGCCCAGGAGAGGCGUCUCCAUCCGAGCAUCUGUGUGUGGGAGUUGGUGUGCACGGAGAGUGGCAUGGAUGAUGCUCCGAUUUUUCUCAAAACGGGCCCAGAACAUCAGGUUUGCUGUACAUCAGAUGGCAGCCAGAUAUGA